GUUUUUAUGAAGCUACGCGGCUGCCUUGAGACAAAUGCAUGCUGCCGACACUGCGGUGCCACGGGUACCACGUUCGGCAGAGCGAACCGGCGCCGGCUCAUGAUCACGUCAUUUUGGAUCUCCUUCGCAGCCUGGAUUCUGAAUAUCUAUGCAGCACUGGCGCUGUCCGACAACGCCCAGGUGUUGAAGGCGACUGCUUGGGCCACGGGCAAGUUUGGAUAUGGCGGACCCUAUCUGGGUGCGACGAGCUGGGUCGGACUUGGAGGCCGGGUAGAUGAAGUGGACUGCGGGUUGUCUGAGUACACCGACGGUUGCAACAAGUGGUUCCGCGAAAAUGCGCCGAUGAUGGAAGAGGUAAGCCCCGGUGUUUAUCGACGAGUUGUAGCCUUCGGGGACACCAAAUCUUGUGCUGGCAACAUAGUCUAUCACAACUCGCGAUUGGCAGACCUCCUCGCCAAGGCCACUGGAGAUACGGUCAAUGCUGACGCUGAGAUGUGCGAAGGCUGCCAGAAGUCUGCGGCCAGCACCGUGAGCUUUGCCAUCAUGGGAAUUAUAACGCAGAUACCACAGAUGACAACGGAUCUGCAGCGUUCUACACGCUUUGGCGAUGUCAACUGCCAGGCAACUAUGGGCGCGAUCACAUCCUUCUGGGGCACUUUCAGCGGCCUGACUUCCUUGACCUCUUUCAGCUAUUCUUGCUGGCGGCGGUUUCCGCGCCUCGUGCGAGACAAGGUUGGCGAAAUCGAGUACAAGUGGAGCAUGGGCCCUGGGUUUGCUUGCAUGCUCAUUGCCACGAUCCUCAAGCUCUGGGAUGCCGUGGCGCACGCUACGGUGCCAACACCGACGGCUAGGCAGACAAAGCCGCCCAAGGGUGUCCGAUGCUCAACGAGUACUAAAGAUAUGGCAACUAUUAAGGACGACCACUUCCACCGCAUGGUUGCAGCAUUCGUGGGACUCGUCAUAGAUGAUGGAAAGUGA